AUGGGAUCAAAAUCCUCACCGUCCGAUGUCAUUAAUCUGAAAUUAAUUCUGGUCAGUGGCAAAACAGCUGAAUUUCAAUUUCGAGCAAUGACAACAGCAUCCGAUGUAGCUAAAUAUGUGUUCGAAAAAUGGCCUGAAAAUUGGGGUGAUGAAGAACGAGUGGAUCGUUAUGACGUAUUAAGAUUAAUAUAUCAAGGAAGAUUUUUACAUGGGAAUGUUACACUAGGAGCUUUACGUUUUCAACAAGGCAAAACAAUUGUGAUGCACCUUGUUCCACGUGAAAAUCUCCCUGAGCCAGCCGAUGGCGAUCACAAACGAAAAUAUAAGCAUGAAAAUAAUCAAGACCGAACAGCUGAUCAUUCACCAAAUGCACUAUCAUCACAUCGAUCAGACACUGCUAGUCCCAAUCCAGCAACAGCUGGGUGCUGUGAAAGAUGUACAAUAGCAUAA